AUGCAUGCAGGCCACCACAGCAGGCUCCCCUGGUCCAAGCUACGAUACUCCUUUGACGCCACGGCACCGCACGAUGUGGUCAGCAAAUUCGCGCUCAAGUCCAACGGGGAGCUGUGGAGUACGCGACGCCUGGACCGGGAGGAGCAGAGCCAGUACCGGGUGCCCAUCAGGGUGACGGACGGCAUGCCAGGGCACGCGCGAGUCACCAUCUACUGGAUCACGGUGCAGGACGUCAACGAUGUGCCGCCCGUGUUCGACCGCUCGCUGGGCGUGUACGAGGUGCAACUGCCGGAAAACAGAGAGGUCGGCAAGCCCACUGGGAUCCGCCUCGCUGUGGACGACGCUGACCUGGUCAACCAGUUCGCCUUCGACAUCAUCAGUGGGAACGAGGAAGGCAAGUUCGGUAUCGACGCCACCUCCAGGACUCUCAUAGUGGCCACUCCUCUCGACUACGACGAUCCGGUGAACGACAGAAAUUUCACGCUUCGGAUCCGCGUGAGUGACGGCGCGAAUUCCCCCGCGGUGACCGAUGUGGUGGUGGCGGUGGUGAAUGUGAACGACCAGCAACCAGUGUUCCAGCGAGGCAACUAUUCCUUUGACGUGACCGAGAACACCGACUGCUCCGUCACGCUCGGCCAGGUGAGCGCACUGGAUCCCGACCUGCCGCCCUCUGCCACUCAAGACCUCGUGUACUUCCUGCCCCCGGACGAGCAGACCAACUUCACCAUCGACGCCCACUCCGGCCAUCUCUCCGUCAGAGGCUGCCUAGACAGAGAGGCUGCGACAGAUGGCACCGUGACUCUAAACCCGCGGGCCACGGACGAGGGCGGGGAAGGUCACGACGCUGAGGCUACCACCGUACAGGUCACCAUUCUUGACCUCAACGAUAACUACCCACACCUGGUCCGCCCGCCUCAAAGUUACGCUAAGGUAAAGGAGAACCUGGAACCUCAUUUGGUGGAGCCCGUGGUGGUCCAGCUGGGGGACUUGGACGCUCCGGAGCAUGGGUGUCCCUGCUCCCUGGAAUUCCACACCUCCACUCCAGACUCCCUCAGGGACAAGUUUACCCUCACGCCCCUCGGCAGGUCCCGCUACCGCCUGAGUCCCGCCGUGGUGCUGGACAGGGAGCAGCAGAAAGUGUACCGCCUCUCCUUCACGGCGAGGGACAGGCAAGGUGUGGCGGGCACUCGGCGCCUCACGCUUGAGGUGGGCGACGAGAACGACUCCCCGAUGACUGAUGGCACGACCACCAUCCGCGUGUACGACUACCAGGGCCAGUUCCCCUCCAUGGUAGUCGGGUCGGUUCACGUGACGGACAGGGACGACCACGACCGCCAGGACAAGACCUUUCAGCUGGAGCCGAGCAGCGGUCUGGAGGCGGCGACGCACUUCACGGUGGACCUGUACACGGGAGACAUCACCAUGCUGAGGGGCACGCCGGCGGGAACGCACACCCUUACAGUCACGGUGCACGACAGCUUCCGCGGGGAGGAGGCCGUGGGGCAGGCCGCCAUCACCGUGGUAGAGCUGACGCAAGAAGCCCUCUCCCAAUCUGGUUCCCUCAGGCUGGCCAACACUUCCGCCGCUGGGAUGCUGGAGCAGACCACGCCAGGCGCCGCGGGAACCAGCCUUUACGAGCGGCUCAGGAAACAGAUUGCAAGCAUUCACCAGAUCUCCGAGGACGAGGUGGAUGUGUUCUCGCUGCAGGACUCCCCGGGACAGCUCGGUGUGGAUGUGCAGUACAGCUGUCGCGGGUCCUCCUCCUGCAGUGCCACCCGACUCAACGCACUCAUGCUUAGAAGGAGGCAGCAGGUGUCCGCGGCGCUUGGCGUGGACGUCUCCCUGGUGGACAUUAAUGCGUGCCUCUACGAAGCCACGUCUCCUUGUGGCGGCCACAGCUGUCAACACACUCUGCGACCCAAUCUUACCAGGCCACUCGUGAUCUCUGAUGUCUCCGCCUCCCUCGUCGCUGUAGAGGUCGUGAAAGACUAUACUUGCAGCUGCGGGCCGCUGGAGCCUCCCCCGUCCGUGUGCUACCCUGGCUUCUGCUUCAAUGGGGGAGUGUGCCGCGUCAAGAACAACACUCUCACCUGUGAGUGCCGCGACUCCGCCAACUACGGCCCGCGGUGUGAACUCCUGACGGCCAGUUUUGAAAAUACCUUCGCAUGGUACCAGCCGCUGACAGUGUGCGAACGCUCCUCCCUCACUGUCAUCUUUGAAAGCCACGACAAGAGCGGUGUCCUGCUGUACACGGGGCCAACAAUUCCUUCUCCUUGGCCGGACUAUCCCAGAGACUUCCUGUACGUCAUCCUGCGGGACUGGGUGGUGGAGACGUUCCUGGACCUUGGGACGGGGACCAUGAACAUCUCAAUUCCCGUCGAGGAAAACACUUUCAGGGCCUUCCAGUACGUCCUCACGUGGGGCGAAGGAGGCGUGACGGUCGAGGUGGUCAACUGUGGCAUCAACGCGACCAGGCAUGCUAGCCGUGAGCCGUGCAGGAAAAGUGUGCCCCUGGCGAUGAUGACCAGCAGCAGCAGCAGCCCCAGCCACCUGCUCAACGCCCAGGGACCUCUUCAGGUGGGUGACGUUGCAUCCACGGUCAGCUUCCUCCAGUUAGCGGAUUCUUAUGGCUGGACGCUCACGCCGCCCAGCACCUCCCCCUUCAGCGGCUGCGUGCUGGAGCUACGGCAGAACGACCGCCUGUACGACCUCAACGCCACAGACUUCAGUAAGAGUGCCAUCCAGCCCUGCGACGCCCCCAGGACCUCGCGGGUGGUGCUGGGCAGACAUUCCCUCAUCAUCAUUCUCGCCAGCCUCCUCAGCCUCCUGCUGCUGAUGGUGGUGAUCGUGUGUCUGGCGCGGCGUGGCAUUAAGUCCCUCGCACACACUGAUGUGGACGGCGACAUGGUCAAGGAGACGAUGGGCAGCACCGACCUGGAGGGCUUCGGUGAGAAGGACGUAACUCACUUCGACCUCAAGUUCCUGCAGGCGACCCUAGACGGCCAUGUGGUGGGCGACGAAAACGAGAGGGCGCUGCCGGACGUGGCUCAGGACGCCUGCCUCAGGGAUACCAGCGCCCCGCUCCCUCAGCAGGUGCCCGAGGGACUCAACAUCGGGAACUACAUCAGGGAGAGCAUUGUGAAGGUGAAUCAGCAGCAGCAGGAGCUGGAAGACUUGAGGCACUACAGCGUGGAGGGGGACGAGAUGUCAGCUGCCUCGCUUUCCUCCCUGACCUCCGGAUCCUCGCGGAGUGACAUGAUCUUCGACUGCCGGAUUGAUUGGAGCCAAAGAUUUGAAAAGCUCGCACAGAUCUACCGUGCGCAGACCAAGGCGAGCGAGAAGAGUGAGGACGGACCACUCAGCAUUCCGGGCAAACUGUCCAGAAGCCCCUCGUUCCUGCCUCCUGAAGCCACAAGUGAUAUAAAGAACGAGGCUCUACAUUCUCCUCCGUCUCCCGCCCCUUCCUCCCCGGUCUCUUCCAUGGCGGCGGGUAUCAGGUUCUCUUACGUGAAGUCCCAUCUUGAGCUGCCGCACGUGCCCGUCCUCGUCCUCAAAAGCAUUGCCAGUGAGUCCCUAACUUCUGGCCACCGAAGCAAGUCUAAUGAGUGUAUCCAGAUGUCCUCACAUCCCUUAUCGGAAGAAGCAUACGCACCCUUGCACUCCUUUACAUUGAAAUCUAACCCUCAGCGAGUCGUUCCUCGAUCUUUAUCCAUAAAUCAAACGCAGAAAUUGCCUGCUUACUCCUCCUCAACCUCCUCCUCCUCCCUACUUUACAAACAUCAGCUGAACGCACACACGGCCUCAGCAAGCAAGCACCAGCUUGAAGCGACAGUCACCACCAUCAGUAACUUGUACACCAAUCCCGCUCAGCGCUCCUCCACAGUCACCAAGUCAACGCACAUCAUUCCUGACAGGCCCGCCCAGGCUUCAAAGGAACCCGUCGUGAAUGGACACUUGGUCAGUCACUCCAACCCUCGCCAGUGCUCAACGAAGACGGUGGCCCUGACAAGUCUUUCUGGCACCAACACGUGUGACAGCCAGAAAGUAGCCACGUCUGGGAAACCAGUGAAAGGUGUGGAAACUUGGUGCUGAUGAGAUGUGAGAUUAGAGGAAAGUACAUUAGUGAACUCAUAAACACUGGUGAGCCUCUCCCGACCUUUUGCUCAAGUGAACUUCAUUGAUAUAAGCAAUGCGUUCCCUCAAUGGGCGACGAGCAAACUGUAUCAAUAGGUGGUGCGAAUGCUCAGUGGAAUGCUUCAGUCUCGAUUGGGGCUGCUAGCAAACAUAAAUUAUAAUCCCCUUUUUUCAUAAUUAAAGACAAAUUACAUCG